CUGUAAUAAUAGGGACGAACUUCCGUAACAGGCAAAGUAGAAAACGCUUAGCGGUGCGAGGCACAAUUGACUCCAAACCAUCAUGUCCGGUCCAGGAGAACAACAGCCUCUCCUCUCAUUCCCGUAUGGCGAGGAUGGUGCGCCCACAGAGCCGCCCAAAGGGACUUUAGACGUCUGGCGCGAGAACAUUUCGUGCGUUUUAGAGUCCCGGCGCUUCCAUACAUUCAUUAUUACCUUGAUUGUGAUUGAUGCUACUUGUGUCCUCGCUGAUCUCGGAUUCACCGUCUUGUCCGAUUCAUGCGCCCCGCUAGAUGAGGGCCCUGCAUGGCUCGAAGUUCUGGCCACUAUAUCCCUUGCCAUAACCACGCUCUUUCUUAUUGAAAUACCAGUUGCCCUCUGGACCUUUGGAGUCCGCUUCUACAGCCCAUUCUCAGAUGUUCCGCAUUCGACUUUGCAUCUGUUUGAUGCCGCAAUUAUCAUCACGACUUUCAUACUCGAAUUUGUCCUCAAGGGACGCCAACGCGAAUUGGCUGGUCUGCUGAUCAUUCUUCGUCUGUGGCGUUUAGUGAAGCUUGUUGGAGGCAUUGCCGUAGGAGCUGCGGAACUAGGGGAAGAAACUGCAGAGGAACUCGAAGAGACCAAAAGGCAGCUUGAGGGCACCACAAUCGCACUUGCAAAGGCUCGCGAGGAGAAUCGCAAGUUGCGGGGCCGGGUAGCCUGGUUGGAGACGGGCGGAUCCGAAGGAGCCGAGUUUUGAGCCGAAGCUGAUCUCAUAACACAUGCUUUCUGUCACCUAUCCUUGGAAAGUCACUAGUCCAGACUGAGGUAUUCAAAAUUUUACAACUGCAUUACGAUGGUGGAUAUAUUUAAUACAGCAUUGGUGGUGAUACC